AUGAGCUCGAUUCUUGCCCCAUACCAGAAGGCGGCGGCCGCGAUUCCUGUGGCCUCCCGGGUCCUCUUUGUGAUAUUGACGGCCGUCACUGCCACCAUUUACACCUACAAGCUGCAUAGUUACGAAUUAUUGCUUGAGCGUGACUACCGUGGACACCCAACCAAGGUGAUUAAUUUCAAUGAAAUCAUUGUCCCGUCCAUCCAGUUGAUUCCUCGCUACGCCAUGCACAACAUCUGGGUGCUUGUCACGGCCAUCUUUGCAGAGAUCUCCGUGGUGGGAUACAUUGGAAGCUCUGUAAUCCUUGUCGCUGGCUCGAAGUACUGCCACCGCAUCUGGGGCAGCGCUGAAGAGCUGUUCAAGUUUGUGUUCCUCGUGGGGACGCUCACCAACCUUAUGACUGUGUUAUCCGUCAUCGUGUUGACCAUGAUCAGCGGCAAUGUUCUGGACUUGACCAAGCCGCUUGGUGGUGGUUUGUGCUAUGCUAUGGGCUAUCUUGUGCUCUUGAAGCAGAGCAUUCCAGAGCAUUCCGUGAACGUCUUUAGGGGCUCCCUUUUGCUUAGAAUCAAGGACGUGCCAUUCGCCGCUUUGUGCGGGUCUUUAGGAAUGUCCGUCUACAACCGCAACUUCUACCCGGUGUUGCCAUGCUGGUUGUCCCUCAUCACAGCCUGGGCGUACUUGCGUUUCUACCAGUCCACCUUGACUGACCCCCAGUUGCCUCAGCCAAACGAUGUUGUUGGUGUGCUGAGAAUACAGGGUGACGCGUCGGACGCGUUUGCCUUUGUUGAAUUCUUCCCAAACGUUCUCAAGCCAUGGUUAGGCCCAUUCUUCAACGAUGUGUAUGAGCUAAUGUGUGUCAUGAGCAUCGUGUCUGCGUUCAACGAGGAAUCUGUGGAACAGAGUAACGCCAGAGCCGCCAAGAGAGGCAAGAAUAAGGACACCAGCGAGAGACGCAGACAGGUUGCCUUGAAGGUUUUGGAAGACAGAAUUUCCGGGAGCAGCGAGUAG